AACGACAGUCAGCUUCAAACAGUUUUUCAAAAACAUUGCUGGUCCAGGGCAAAAAAAAAACAAAAUGCCCUAAACGUCAAAAUCGGAUUAGUACUAGAGUUUCCCAUAGAAAAUUUAGAAAAAAGUAAACAAAAAUAAAUAUCUCGCCAGAAAAAUCAAUUCACAAAGGUAGAGACUCUUGAAAAACAAUUGCAGAGGAUAAGAUAUCAAUAUAGAAAUCAGGGGUCCACGAAGAUGGCCAACCAGCCGGCUGUUACCCCUGGCCGAGUUCGCAACACAUCGUUAAAUCUGGAGAACAAGCUUAUCGGAGGCAAAUAUCGGGUAGUGAAACCCAUUGGAUCUGGUUCCUUUGGUGAUAUAUAUCUCGGACUGAGUGUUAAGGAUGCUUCGGAGGUGGCCAUCAAAGUGGAGGCGAACGAUGCCAAGUAUCCGCAACUGAUGUACGAGGCCAAGGUGUACGAACAGCUGAACCGCACUCCGGGAUUCCCCACACUGCUGCACUAUGGCAGCGAGAAGAACUUCAAUGCCAUGGUCAUAGAACUCCUGGGUCCCUCCCUCGAGGAACUCUUCAAUGUCUGCAAGCGACGAUUCUCGCUGAAGACCGUACUCAUGCUGACCGACCAACUGCUGAUGCGCAUAGAGUGUGUCCACGAACUGGGAUUCAUACAUCGCGACAUUAAGCCCGAUAACUUCCUGAUGGGCGUGGGCAGCCACUUCAAUAAACUGUUCCUCAUCGACUUUGGCCUGUCCAAGCGGUACAAGGACAGCGAGUCGGAGAUGCAUAUACCCUAUCGCAAGGAUCGUAAUCUCACGGGCACCGUUCGCUAUGCCUCGAUAAAUGCCCAAAUGGGCGUAGAACAAUCCCGCCGCGAUGACAUGGAGUCCUUGUGCUAUUGCAUGAUGUACUUUAAUCUGGGAAAGUUACCCUGGCAGGGCAUUACGGCCGCCAACAAGAAGCAAAAGUACGAGAAGAUAUUGGAGAAAAAGAAGAGCAUUACAAUCCCAGAACUGUGCCAGGGCUUUCCCUCUGAGUUUAGCCUGAUGAUGCACUACGUCCGGAAUCUUCGCUUCAAGGAACCGCCGGAUCACGUCUAUCUCCGCCAGCUUUUCCGCAUCCUUUUGCGCACGCUGAACCAUCAGUAUGACUACAUUUACGAUUGGACCCAGCUGCAGCAGCAAAAGGAUCAACUGCGUGGUAACAGGGAGCGGGAUCGGGAGCGGGAACGGGAGCGGGAUCGGGAACGGGAACGGGAUCGGGAAAGGAAUAAGGAUCAAAAUUUGGAGCGGGAUCGUGAGCGUCGCCGUGAAAGGGAGCGUCAAAAGGAGCGUAUCAGAGAACGUGAACAGGAUCGUCUGCUCAGAUCUUUCGCCCAUCAGGCGGAUCGAUCUUAUGGCCACCUAUCGAGCAGAUAUGAUUGCAUUGGGGAUGGGACCCUCAACAAGCGAAAGUAAUACCAUGGACUAACCAUAACACUUAUCUGUAACAUAAAUAUAUCAAAAUUAUUUUCAUUUAA